CGACGAGGGAGUCAAAAUGAACCAAGCGCGUCAUGCUCUUUGUUCUCUCAUAGCCUCAAUCGACACCGGUCCGCCUUCCCAACUUGCCACCAUCCUGCAACCAUCUCAAGUUUGACAGACACGUCUUUCCAGCCGCUAGCCGCUGCUGCUCUCGCAGUCGCGAUGUGCACAUCGUUCUCUACGCUGACUCUUCACGUCUUGCUUCACCUUACCCUCUCUAAUGCACUCCAAGUAUCUUGGCCACAAGUUUUUGAGAACGAGAGAGUCAUAACGACAUGGCAGGGUGGGAGUGCUCCAUUUCGCUUUCAAGUUCGCGACUUGGAUAACAAUAUUCCCAUUGUCGAUCUUUCUGGAAUAAACGCCGCCCAGCAACCGUGGUUUGUGACUGCAUCUGCUGGGCAGACAAUUAUUUUUAUUGUGUCUGACAGUGCUGGAGACUCAUCCCAAUCUCCCAACACAACCGUACAGUUGCGCUCUCCCACCCCAACUGACAGCCAAUCCACUUCGACGCAAACCACCACCGCCACCAGCAAUUCAGGCUCAAGCCCCACGUCCCGUACUACUUCAUCCACUGCCUCCUCGUCUCCCUCGACCCUAGCAUCACUCGACAACGGGGGUACCCCGCCAGGGGGCAAUUCUAUCCGCUACAUCGCUGGCAUCCUCGGCGGUGUCUGUGCUAUUACUGCAUCUGUGUUCCUGUGGCGGUGCAUCCGUGCCUACCUGCGACGCAGAAGCUUGGAAAGGUACGCAGCCACUAGUGGCUACACAUGGUGGACACCAAAGGGGGAUCCAAAGCCCAAUAUGGUACAAGUACCAGGGCGUAUUCCACCGGCCGCGCGCGAUAUAGAAGCAGUUCCCAACCCAAACCCAUCACUUCUGAAGAGAGCUUCAGAUGAGAACCUACUUCUCAAUCGCGGGAACAUUGAUAUAACAAACCGAGGCUCACAGUCUGGCUCCCCUGAUUCACUAUCAUCCCACAAUCAUAUCGCCUUCCCAAUGAGUUGUGUGACAUCGAGCCAUGAUGGCUCUUAUGAAACCGAGAGCGUGUCUUCGAUUGACAUGGCGAGAGCGAGUUCAACAAUGCUGCCCAUUACCCCCGCGAACGACUUUGCAUCCACCUUACGAUAUCCACUUCCCACCGUGCACCGCAGCGUAUCUCGUAGCACCCUAGGGACCAAACGUUCAUUUGAUGUUUUCAGCCCCAGUUCCAGUAGUCCGAGUUUCCGGCGUGAGCACAGCGUUCGGCAGUUGUCAGUACCUUCAUCGCCGAACCCGUUCGAGGAUGCUGUCUUCCAAAUACCGAUUGCUACUGCCUCCACGCUUCGAUCUCCCUUCGGGAAUGAUGACAGGAUCAGUACUGAGUUCCCACAAGAUGCAACCUAUCUUGCAGAUGACGAAAUCAGCGCGUUCUCACUUUCACACUCUCCCACUCUAGGCUCGUCUGCUACUGGCAUUUCCUCGAACCGUGCAAAUAGAGAUUACCCGACCACCCCCACUACUUCCCACUCGUAUUAAUCUUCCUAAAGAAUGAUGUGGCUCAAUACAUCACCUUUAUCCAAAGAGCGGCGAAAGUCACAUCGUAAUUCUCAGCAACCAUUCUCAGUCGCAGAACGACAAAUUAUUCGACCUGAGCAUCAGGGAGUCUCCCUGACUGCCGAUUCUAUCGUUAAAUUCAUUGCAGUAAAUACCUUGAUCAUUCCUUCAUGCAUCCUUCGUUGCUUUUUCACUAGGCUUUUUCUUAUCUGUUUGUUACCUUCUUUCCACUCUGUAGCUAUCAGAUGAACAUUCGCCGCCCAUUUCAGUAUACAAUACAGCGCACAGAGAAUAAUAUAUACACCUGGAGUCGCC